AAUCCCGUUAUAUUUCGACCAAAAACCAAAACAAAACCCCAUUUCGACCCCUAAACGUUCUCCGGUGACUUUUCCACACUCCGUCUCUGCUUGGUGUGGCCUACACACCGUUAACCGGGUUUUUGACUGUUCUCAUGGUUGUUGUAGUUGUUGAAAUGAAUUCUGUAAAGAGUAGGGAAGCUGAGAUAAGUGUUCACAAUCAAGCUUAUGAAGUUGGUGAGAGCUCGGUUUCAGAUGCUAGUGAUGAAGUUGCUGAGGCCAAGGUACAGCCUAAUGCCCUGCAGAAAAGGGCCAGGUUGCAGAAGGAACUAACUUUUCAGGACUUGUAUGAAAACCAAGAGCUGUUUGAUGAGGAUGAUGACGAGGACGGUGAUUGGGAUCCGUCUCAGUUGCAGAAGUGUCUCGAAGUCAUCAAGUGGUUGUGUAAAAAUUGUACUGUGGAUAACAUAAACGAUGAUGUUUGUUGCAGAAUAUGUGGGGAGCAUAAAGAUUCUAAAAUCCUGAGCCUUGGGCAUUUUGCAUCUCCCUUUGCACCAGAUGAAGAUCUCAAUGAGAUCCGGCCAACCAUAAAAGGACUGAGAGAUAUUGACCCACUGGAAUCUGCAGCAAACAGUUCUACGGCAAUUGGCUUUGAUGAAAGAAUGUUGUUGCAUGCAGAAGUUGAAAUGAAACCGCAUCCGCACCCUGAAAGGCCAGAUCGACUUCGAGCAAUUGCUGCCAGUCUUGCCAGAGCUGGUAUAUUUCCAGGAAGAUGCUGUUCAAUUCCUGCUAGAGAAAUCACUCAAGAAGAACUUAUGAUGGUUCAUUCUUCGGAGCAUAUUGAAUCUGUGGAAGUUACAAGCAAGUUAAUGUCUAGUUACUUCACUUCUGACACAUACGCCAAUGAGCAUUCAGCAUGUGCUGCUAGGUUGGCAGCUGGGUUAUGUGCUGAUCUGGCAUCGGCAAUUGUUUCUGGACGUGCCAAAAAUGGAUUUGCUUUGGUUAGACCUCCUGGUCAUCAUGCCGGUGUAAAAGAUGUGAUGGGGUUUUGCCUUCACAAUAAUGCUGCAGUGGCAGCAUUGGCGGCUCAGGCUGCAGGGGCUAAGAAGGUGCUCAUUUUAGAUUGGGAUGUUCAUCAUGGAAAUGGCACACAGGAAAUAUUUGAGCAAAACAAUUCAGUCUUGUAUAUAUCAUUGCAUAGGCAUGAGGGUGGAGCGUUUUAUCCUGGUACUGGAGGUGCUCAUGAGGUUGGUUAUAUGGGUGCAGAAGGUUUCUGUGUGAAUAUUCCGUGGAGUCGAGGUGGUGUUGGUGAUAAUGAUUACAUUUUUGCAUUUCAGCAUGUUGUACUUCCUAUAGCUUCCGAAUUUGCUCCAGAUUUUACCAUAAUAUCAGCAGGAUUUGAUGCUGCUAGAGGUGAUCCCCUAGGAGGCUGUGAUAUUACUCCUUCUGGCUAUGCACAGAUGACACACAUGUUGAAUGCCCUUUCUGGUGGAAAAAUGCUUGUUAUUCUUGAGGGGGGCUAUAAUCUUCGUUCUAUAUCAUCUUCUGCAACUGCAGUAAUCAAGGUAUUACUGGGUGAUAGUCAUGUAUGUGAACUGGAAAACAGUUUCCCUUCCAAAUCUGGCCUGCAAACUGUUUUCGAAGUCCUCGACAUUCAGAAUAAUUUUUGGCCUUCCUUGAAACCUAUCUUUAUGAAUGUGAUGUCACUUUGGAAAAUGUACUGUCUUGGGAAAAAAAGCAAACCCACCAAAAAGAGACGCCGAGUUAUACCACCGAUGUGGUGGAGAUGGGGUCGUAGAAGUUUCUUAUUCCAUAUGCUGAACGGCCAUCUUCGUGUAAAAUCAAAAUGACUUUUUUGAGCAGAAUUUUGAAGUACAGGAAUACCUAGUAAUUGUCAGCAUGCUGUAUAUUCUAUCUUCAUUCCAGACUAUAUUUUUUGGUUGACCUUGUAUGUGCAGAAGCUUGUUGACACAGAAAUUGGGAAAGAGGGGGAAAGAAGGGACCCCUAGGGUAGAUGUAAAGGAUAAAAAUGACUUCCUUGAUCCUUUUUUGAAUUUUUUAGAAGCUAUUAACAUGGCAAUGUGAGAAAUUAAUCAUCUCUCUAUGUGGUUAAUUGGGAUUUUCCGUU